GAGAAUGUUCUAGAAGGAAUGUCAGGCUCAAAUGUUUUCCUGGUUUUCCAUUAUCAACACUGGUGUGAUAUUCCGAGGACAAAUUCUGCAAUAUUGCUUCAGAUUGGAAGAAUGAAAUACAUUGUGUUACUUUUCCUGCUUGUCAUUUGUGAUCACCUCCCCGGGUCUUCUUCUCAGGAUGAUCUGGGCAUUCCCGCUGAUAUUGUCUUCCUCAUCGAUGGUUCAGGCAGUAUUGGUCCUUCUGACUUUUCGAUCAUGAAACAAUUCAUUAUAAUAAUUAUGGAGAAACUAAGCAACACUGAUGCCCAGUUUUCAGUGGUGCAAUACUCCACGUCUGUGCAGCCAGAGUUUUCAUUCAUCGAUUACAGAAAAGCUCAGAAGAAAGAGACUCUGGUUGAUCGUAUUCCUCAGUUAAUGGGUGGAACAAGGACAUUUUCAGCAAUUAAAUUUGUGACGGAAAACAUGUUCGAGAAAGCAACUGGAGGAAGAGAGAAAACCAUGAGAAUUCUGAUAACUAUUACAGAUGGACUCUCGAACGACCGGGCAGAAGCUGAGGCAGCGAUAUUGGCUGCCAAGUACAAGCGGAUCUGGAUCUUUGCCAUUGGGGUUGGUGAUGCCUUUGGAAACAGAAAUGCACUGACAGAGCUCCACACCAUCGGCUCCCAUCCUUCUGACGACUACGUAUUUGCCGUCAACGACUUCAACGCUCUGCUCGGGAUUCAGAACCAACUCAAAGACAGGAUCUUCGCCAUUGAGGAGGGAUUUGCUGGGAAGUCAUUGGUGUUCGGGGAGGAAGAAACAGGCCAGGUGAAGCUCUUCUCCUUGCCUUUCUUCCGUUUGACCGCUUUAACUCUUUGCAUGAGUCUGGCCACCGAGCUGCAGAGGGCUUCCACUCUCUUCUCCUACUCGUUGUCAGAUGGCAACAGAGAGCUGGCGUUGCUGUGGGAUGCGGACGGAUAUUUCACCAUGUACAUCGCCGGCCACAACCAAACCUUUCACCUCCCCGGACCAGACGCCCUCAUGAGGCGGGUGUGCCUGACGUGGGAAUCCGCCACAGGGGCGUCGCGUUUCUGGAUGGACGGGAAGCGAAGCUUGGGUAAGACGUUCGGGCAGGGGGCCUCUGUCCAGCCAGGUGGCUUGUUUUUUCUUGGGAAGGAACAGGGCGCAGGGUUGGAAGAUUCUGAACACCCCCUGUCCUUCAUUGGCGAGAUCGCAGAUGUGAAUCUCUGGGAACACGUCCUGCUCCCGCAACAGAUGCGUAAGGUCAGUCAGGGCUGCUCUGGUCUGACAGGCAAUAUCCUGGAUUGGUCUACGGUGAUAUACGAGAAGGAAGGAGCUGUUAAAGUGGACAUAACUGACGACUGUCCAUAGAUUCCAGUCCACUUCCUCCUCCGCUCUGAGUCUCUCCACACCGCAGGACCCGGUUGCCUCAUCCCCUGACUCUAUCCAUCUCUCUCACACUUCAAUCCAUCCCCUGACACCCCCACAUCUCUAUCCAUCUGCCAUUCACAUCUCAAUCCAUCUCCCGAGUAUCUGUCCUGACGAUUUUCUUUGUUAUUCUGGUUAUCAAUAAAAUUGUAGUCUUCUUU